AUGAUUGUUGAGAUUCAAGACAAUGCAUUUGAAAACACAAUUUUGAAUUCAGAGAUAUCAUUUCCAGAGACAAUCACGAAGAUUGGCUCUUCAUCAUUCAAGAACUGCAAAUUCAUUCCUUCUAUCAGAUUUGAAUCAUCAUUUUCUACAAACAAAGGAAUGAAAGAAUUUCAUAGACUAUUUCAUUCUGUUUCUCAAUUGACGAUCAGCAACAAUGCAUUUCAAGAUUGUAUUAGUAUCAGAGAAAUUGUUAUUUACCGAGAUUCAUAUAUCACAUUUGGUGAAAACACAUUCAGCGGAUUAGUUUCAUUAAAUCAUAUUGAAGUUAGAGAAAACAUUAUUUCUAUUGGUAUUGGUUGUUUCAUGAACAGUGGUCUUUCAAGUGUUCAAUUCCAAAAUAACCAAAUCUGCAAUGGAAUUCUUCCAGCAUUUGUUUUCAGUGGAUGUAGUAAUCUUAGUAGUAUUGAUAUCCCUUCUAACUGUAUUACAAUUGACUCAUCAUCACUUCAAGGUACAUCUAUUCGAUCAGUCGCUCUUCCAAACAGUGUUUCAACACUUGGUGACCAAUGUUUCAAAGAUUGUUCAUAUUUAGUUUCUCUUAAUAUCAACAACGAGAGUUCACUUUCACGAAUCGGAUAUGGUGUUUUCGAAGGAUGUAUCCGAUUCUCAGAAGUUUCAUCAUUCUCAUCAACAAACUUUGUUUUUGAUAGUGGUGCAAUCUACAGUCGAGACAGACAUCACAUGCAUGUCUAUUAUAGAUCCGUAUUUUUCCCAAGUGAGCGGGGUAUCUCUAAUCCCAGCCCUAUCGUCCUCCCAGUGUCAGUUUUUAAUAUAAAAUCCAAAAUUUUUUUAAAAAUAAAAAUUUCGAGAAAUUUUUCUAAUUUUUUUUUCUUUGAUUUCAAUAAUUCAAAAUAA